CUCCAGCACCGGAAUGAGCGCUGAUGCUCACUUGGCGCAUUAAUGGCCUGUUUGAAUUAGUUAGCAGCUGCAUGGUCACAGGUGUGCGGGGAACGGCUCUUUUAAACCGGCUGCUUACGUGACUCAGCCGAAGACAACCGAGAGCACCGGCACUAUCUUGUUCUAUAAAACAUAAGCUACUUCAGAAGCGUCUAUUGGGCUACUUUCGAGCAUGACCUCGUUGAUUUGGUGUUGUAUUGUGGCUUGUGCCUCGGCUGGCUGCUUUGUUGCCGCCGGACAAGUGAUGACGGGCCGGCCAGUCGCCGUCCCAGCAAACAGCUCCGAUGUCUGGAGGGCAGCACGGUUUGCCCUGAGUGAAUUUAACAGAGCCGACGACGAGGACUUGUUCGCCUACAAAAUCAUCAACAUAACAUCGGCCAAAAUUCAGGUUGUCGCCGGGAUAAAGUACAUCCUAGAAGUGCAGCUGGGACGCACCCUGUGCAGGAAAAAGGACACCGCCGAUCCAGAGCCAUGUGUUCUCCAAAAUGACUCCAAGAAACUGUGUCAUUUCAUCGUAACUGAAAUCCCCUGGGAAGAUGCAACGGUGCUUACACAGAAAAACUGUGUUUAAUGCUUGGAUGAAAUUAUUUUAAUUGGUACUGGUGUUGCUAAUUAAGUAAACAAUUUUGGCUCAG